UGAGGCACAUGACCGGACACCGGAGCAAGGCUGCUGUCGAGUGGGAAGCGGCUGUGAUUCACUCCGGGGCAGCAGCGGAAUCCGCUGAGCUCCGUUUGUCCGCGCCUGUCUUUACUGCCCAGAGUUGCGAACAUGCAGGGAACACCUCAGACGGAGGUCUACGUGUACGAGAAGGUGGUGAUUUCCAUCUCCUGCCUGUUGUCUGUCCUGGGCUCGGGGAUGAUCAUCGCCACCCACUUGUGGUGGCCCGACCUGCGCAGCAAGGCUCGCCAGCUCCUGGUCUACCUCUCGGUCGCUGACCUGCUCUCGGCUCUCUCCUACCUCUACGGAGUGCUGCGGGACUUCCAGCGCUCCUCCUGGGAUUGCGUGCUGCAGGGAGCCGUGUCCACCUUCGCCAACACCAGCUCUUUCUUCUGGACCGUGGCCAUAGCCAUCUACCUGUACCUCUUGAUCGUCAGGAGCGAGCAGAGCGUGGCGAACAGUCUUACCGGCUGGUUUCACGCCAUUAGUUGGCUUGUGCCUUUAGCCAUCACGAUGGCAGCCGUCAGCCUGCAGAAAAUAGGCUACGACGCAUCUGACGUGUCGGUGGGAUGGUGCUGGAUUCGUAUCAAUGCAGAAAAUAGCAUCUUGUGGAUGCUGCUAACGGGCAAAAUCUGGGAAUUUAUUGCUUACAUCACCCUGCCAACGCUCUACAUCCUCAUUAAGAAGCACAUCUACAGAGCGCAUGAAGCCCUGUCAGAGUAUCGCCCAAUCCUCAUCAGCAGUUCCAGAUAUCACCCGAGGUCUUCGAUUGCUGACCGAAAGAUGACCAUUAUACCUAUUAUUUUCAUCUUCCUUCGGAUGUGGAGCACGGUUCGGUUCAUACUGACGCUCUACAAUUCCGCUGCUGUGCAGAGCCAGGUCCUAGUAAUAUUACAUGGGAUAGGAAACACCUUUCAAGGAGCAGCCAACUGCAUAACUUUCGUGCUGUGCACUCGAGCUGUUCGGUCCCGGCUGGUUUCCGGUCUGUGCAGCUGCUGCAAGUGUGAGAGUGACGCGGUGCCCCACGAAGCCACCGUGAACAACUGCAAGGAACAGCAGCCGUGAUUGCUCCGUGUGCGCAUCCGGGCAAACGCUGUCCAACGGCAUUGGAGCUAACUGACCUUCACCUAUUCCCAAGAAAACUGGAGUACAACAUACGCUGCACUUUUGUAGUAAGUUCAGGGUAGGUUCGCUCGCGUUGUGCUGAAGACGAAGAUCGGCCUUUAUUGGUGGUGUUUGCUGCAGAAUGCUCAGGAGCUGAAGCUAGGACCAUCCAAGCAUUUGAACUACCAAAGUGGGGUGUUUUCAGAACCACUGUGCCUCUAUCCACUUACAGUAAAUCCAGUUAUAUUCUAGUUAAGUUUAAAUAUUAUAUUCUGUAAGGAACCCCCUUUCUCCCCCUCCCUCUCCCCCUCCCUCUCCCCCUCCCUCUCCCCCUCCCUCUCCCCCUCCCUCUCCCCCUCCCUCUCCCCCUCCCUCUUCCCCCCUCCCUCUCCCCCCCUCCCUCCUCCCCUUCUCCUUCACUUCCCCCUCCCACUUCCCUUCCCCUCCCCCCUCUUCCCCCUCCGCUCUUCCCCCUUCCCCCCUCCCUCCUCCCUUCUCAUUUUCUCUUUGUGCCUCAUUGUACUGAGGUUGAAGGUGUGUUUUCUGUCGGUAUACACUGCUGGUUAUUUUGUUAAAGGGGCUAUGCGGCUGGUUAUAAGUUUCUACUUAACCGGUUUAGAAGUUACCAACUUUUCUUUGUAAUGCCAUUUUGAGCACUGCCUUCCUUACUUCAGAGUUCAAACAAGUACUCUGGACAAUGAUUUGACGGUAUGUUGCCCAUUGAGCCCCCUUGCUAAACGUGUUUCUCCCUGAUUCUGAUGUAUCACCUCAAUGGAGUCUAUUAAGUCUUAUUCACAUUCUGCCUGUUCAUACCGAGAGGCUGCAGGGAAUUUGGACUGAUGUCUCUUAUUUAUAAUGUCAACACUGAUAAAUAGUGAUUUAUACAUUUCGAACUAAUCUUUCUAAAGAAUUUCACCACUUCUUGGUCUUUUUAAACAAAAGCUUGUUUUUUUUACUUUUCCUAGUCUUUUGGGCAGAUCUCAAUCUUGAAUUUGCCUUGUCUCCAUGCGGUAACAAAUAUACCACAUAGAGACAUUGUGCUCACGUAACAGUCGAAGACUUCAAUACCACUUUGAGUAGCUCGUCGUCCAGCAACCGGCCUUUUCAUCUUGCGCUGACUGAUUCAGUCAUUCUCCCGCUUGGGCUGACGUAUGUCCUUUGCCUCUGUGGGAACCUGAAGCAAAGCUUAAAGGUGGAGUAGAGAGGGGAAAUAAAAAUGUGAAAAGCAUUGAAUUGGCUCACAGUCCGAGAGAUUUGCAUCGUGAUAAUGGCUAUUGAUGGAGGGACAUUGAAUAUGCCCUGUGUCUAUUGAAAGAAAAUCGGGCAAGUGUACCCAAUGAUCUAUUCUGGUUAAUUAUAAUUUAAAAUGGUGUUGAAAGACCUAAACACGACUUAGUGAAUGACAUUGGUCCACCUCCACUCACGUAUCAGCGCUUGAAGAUUUCCAUCUCAUUUGCGGCCCCAGUUUGAUACUGUGAUUGGUCGACUUGCUGGAUUGUUGAAAUAUUAACAACCUCUUCAACCCAGAGCCCCAGAUUGAAAUUGCAACCAAUUUUCCAUUGUCACAGUCUGAAAGGAAGAUUAAACUCUUUUCUUACCCCCCCCCCCACAAAUUAGUCAGUGCAGGGCUAUUGAAGCCGUUUCUCCAGGCCCCAAGUCAGGCAGAUUGAUAUUUAAUUAAGUUCUUCAGGUCCUUGAAGUUCCAUCAGACACCACGAGAUGAACUUGAGGAAUCUCCUCUUUCUGUACAUUGGAGUCACACGGUGACAGAAUGUAAUAAUUUUGUAUAAUGUUACACAUUUGACCCUGAAUUACCUUCACCACACACCCGCUUCCCAUCUGUCAGCAUGGGCACCAUGCCUCAUUUGUAUUACCUCAAAACAGCCUCUUCCCCUGACCCGUGGGGGAGGUUUGGACCAAACGUUGGAUGUCUGUGAUUAUACUUCGCUGUUACAAACUGGUUGUUCAUCAUGCUUUUCUAUAGGGAAACAUUUUCUACACUUGAGAAUAAAAUCAAACCAAGGUUUGCUCGGGCAGCUCUGGUCUUUGUGCUAACAGUGUCAAAGUUGGUAUACUUCCAAUAACUGCACUCCAUCCCGGUGAGAAGUUUCGCUCUGAGUUUCCUACCGGAACCUGAGGUCAUGUGAGCUCCUCCUCGGUAGGUCUGGUCCCCUGGAACUAACUCAGGUGACCUUUGCCUAAAAGUAUGGCACUACCAGUACCUGCAAACCCAUCUUGGCAAUUCUUUCAUAUAUUUCAUCUUAAAAUUUUGUAAAAGAAUUUUCUAAAUGUUGUGUAACUUGAUUCAGCUGGAUGCUAUACUAAGAAAAUGAUCCAUCACCCUUUGGGAAACCAGACCUAUUUUCUCAAUGGAUUUGUGGAUAAAUUUUGGACAUUUGUUUUUGUUUAUAUUGCAGAAGUAUGUAAUGUAUUUGUCUGGAAUAAUAAAGUAU